AUGUUUUGCAACAAUAUUUCAUUGCAGCAGCAACGUUUAAUAGUAGGGAAGUUUGGUAUGUCUGCCUCUAGAGUGUUAAGUUGUACUUCCAAGGUCGCAAUUAAUGUACAUUGUUCUCGUGGGUUGAAGGCUAAAACUUGUGUGAAUAGUCAGAGGUUGAAUACUGCUCCCAUCGAGUUCACACCAAAUUUGGUGUCGAACAAUGUUACAGAUCAAGAUAGUCAGAUAAUGAACAAGGCUAGAAAGGCGUUAAGAUGUACUACUGAUGUUACAGAUGAUGAUUCCAAGGCUCAAAUGACGGCUGUGCCCUUUGAUGUCAAGUUGGUUGAUCCAAAGACAAAAUUAGAUAGAAGAAUUAAAAGGUUGGAACAAAGUAAGAGUAGUAAUAACAAUUUAAAAGAUAUAAAAAAGAACAUUAUCCAACCAUAUUUACAAUUGACUAAACCUAGGUUGACCAUGUUGGUCAUGCUGAGUGCAAUUUGUUCUUAUGCGCUUUCUCCAUAUUCUGCAUCAAUUAGUGAAUUAAUGUGUUUGACUAUUGGUACUUCACUAUGUUCAGGUGCUGCAAAUGCCAUAAAUAUGGGGAGAGAACCUGAUUUCGACAGGCAGAUGGUGAGAACGCAAGCUAGACCUGUCGUUAGCGGUGUCGUUACACCAAUUCAAUCAUUUAAGUUUGCAACAGCAUUGGGGAUUGCGGGUGUUAGUAUAUUAAACAUUGGUGUCAACCCAACAGUGGCUAUUUUAGGUGCAAGUAAUAUAGCAUUAUAUUCAUGGAUUUAUACUUCGUUGAAGAGGAAACACAUUAUCAAUACAUGGGUAGGCGCCUUAGUGGGAGCAAUUCCUCCAUUAAUGGGAUGGGCUGCGGCUAGUCCACUUACACACCCGGGUUCGUGGUGUCUAGCAGGUUUGCUAUACGCUUGGCAAUUCCCUCACUUUAAUACAUUGAGUCAUAACAUUAAAAAUGAAUAUAAAAAUGCUGGUUAUAUUAUGACUGCUUGGAAAAAUCCAUUAUUAAACGCUCGUGUUUCUCUACGAUACUCCCUUUUAAUGUUCCCAUUGUGUUUUGGAUUAUCAUAUUUUAACGUCACAGAUUGGUAUUAUCAAGUUGACUCAGGUAUAUUCAAUGCUUGGAUGUCAUUUUGGGCUUUUAAAUUUUAUUUACAACAGAGGUCUAACUAUUCUAAAGAGAUAUUUGGUGAUAAGACAAAGUUCAAUAAAGGUAUUGCACUGGCAAAUGUUUACGCUAGAAAAACUUUUUGGGUAAGUAUAUUCCACUUACCUGCUGUAUUGAUAUUAGCUAUUCUUCACAAAAAGGGUCGUUGGGAUUCAUUCUUUGGUAAUGAGGAGUCUACGAAUCAAAAACUAAAAGCGACUUAA